GCUGCGGGAUUGGCCAGCCCGGGAGCGUGCUCAAGUCCGCUGAGUUUAAAAUGCCCAGCAUUUUAAGACAUACGAGGGCUUUCUGUGUUCCCAUAAGAUAUGGAGUCCAACAUUAGCCAGGGGGAAACGGGUUCGUCCCACACCCAGGAGAAGGAGGAGGGGGCUGCGGCAGCGUUGAGAGAAGAGACGCGGAAGGUAGAAGAGAAAGAACUGUUGGCGGCGACUGCGGCGGCCACGCCCCAGGAGGAGAUGGAGGGAGAGAAUCUUCCUGUCUUCCUGUGCCCUGGACGUGUCGAUUUGCGCGUCCUUCCCAACUGGUUCCAAAAGGAGCACCUGGAAAACCCGGCGGUGUGUGACGUACCCGCGUGGCAAGUGGAGAAGAUCUUUGGUACUGAGGGGAAAGACAUCCCUGGCAUCGAGCAAUCAACCGAGACACUGCUGCAAGUUCAAAUCCUGGACCCCAAAGGCAUGGCCAGGAUCUCCAUCUUCGGAUCGCAGGAGAAGAAGGAGCUGGUGGAGGCGAAUAUCUAUUGCCAACGAAGAUGGCUCCACGUCGUUGCAGAGAAAGAAAAGCUAGUGGAAGCCUUGAAGAUUGUCAAUGGCAGUUGCUGGCAAGAAAUCCCCAGGCUGCCAGGGCCGUUCCCGAAUCCUGACGCUGAUGUCAGCAGAAAGUGAGAGUGGCUGGGCUAUGUGGGUGCAGACGCCUGGGUAUUAGGAAGCCUAAGCCUAAUUUACAGUUCUAUCACAGAAUAUACCUGUCCUCCCUCUGUGUAUUAUUCAUAAGAGCUUGUUUUAAAGAUUGUAAUCCAUUAAUAAAGAAAUUUCACUCCUUCGUUGUUGAGUGGAAGGAAAAUUAUUUUGCCAAAAAGUGCCAGGUAAGAAACUUCUCUGGGUGACCUAGAGGGUAAAUGAUCUCCAGUGUUCCUUCCAUCACUGAGAAAACUCCUAAAGCAAAAAGAUCAUUUUGAGUUAUAUGGAAACUGGGGUGUAUAGAUGACUCGUGUUUUGCCAGCAUAGCGUGUGCAGACAUUUUGGACUCCAGACUCCUGCCAGUUCUUUGUAAGGUGUACAGUGGUUUUAGGAAUCUGUAGAGUUGUGCAGUCAUCACCACCAUCUAAU